GCUCGACCUCCGGCUCACCUGUUACAGCCUUUAACUGCUCCUCAGCACAUCUCCUCAGCACAGCUCUGGUUCUCCUCUGGCUCCUCACGGUUCCUCACCUGCUCCUCUCCACACUCAGGACUGUCCCAGAUGUCCCGCACCUCCCUCCCACUGUACCUGCUGCUGCUGCCGCUUGUGUCCCUGCUUCUGCUCUCUCCUCUGGGCUGGAGUCAUGAAGGUCUGGCCCCUGGCUGCCACCUUUAUCCGUUCAACGUGACCAUCCGCAGUGACCGGCGCAGCACGUGCCGGGGGACCCACCUGGUGUACGCCUGUGUAGGCUACUGCGAGUCCAGCGCCUUCCCCUCCAGGUACUCUGUGCUGGUGGCCUCCAACUUCACCCACAACAUCACAUCUGCCUCACGCUGCUGCACCAUCAGCAAGGAGGCCAAGGUGAAGGUUCGUCUCGACUGCCCCCGUGGCCGACAUCAUGAUGAGAUUGAGAUCCUGACGGCCCGAGCGUGUCGAUGUGACAUGUGCCGCAAAUCCCGCUACUGACCCACCUCCUGACCCCGCCCCCCAGCUCCUGACUCCGCCCCCCAGCUCCUGCCUCUCCUGACCCUGCCCCCCAGAGGACAGAAUAAGGAGCAGAGAGCAGACAGAGACCGAUUCUAUCCUCAUGCAGCACAAACCACUAGGACAGACCAAGCACUAGAGAAUGUACCCAUAUUUAUAUUUAUGAAUCUGAG